GUGGACAUGGCGGAGUUGCUAAAACUUCAAAGUGAAAUUAAAGAGUUUCCAAAGGAGUACUUCUACAGAAACAGCCAAGCCCAGGAGACCAGACAGGAGGAGAACCAGGCCGCCACCCGGAUUCAGAGCUGGUUCAGAGCCUGCAAGGUGCGGGCUUACCUCAGCCAUCUGCACAAGAAGGCAAUCAUUAUACAGAAGAUAUGGCGGGGCUUCACAGCAAGGGCACGUGUCAGACAAAUGGUGAAGGCGGCAUAUUUUAUCAUGAAGAUGAAUUUCUACGAGGAGAUGGCGGUCAGGAUCCAGCGGAGAUGGAGAGGAUUCUUUGUGAGGAAGUACAUCCAUAACUUCUAUGCACGCAAAAGCUAUUUGGAAGGAGUCACUAUGAAAAAUGAGUCAGUCAGGAGGGAGCUGGACGAGCUCGAGGAACUCCAGAAGAGAGAGAGAGACUGUCUAGCAAUGGUGAAGGAGCAAACAGCCAAAGUCUACCAAGCUCAUCGGCUACACCACCUCGUCAGUACAAAGCAGUGCCCAGGGGUCUUCAAUUCUCCAUUCAGGCCAGCCCCCCAUGAGAUGGAGUUACUGUUGAGGCAGGUCAAGUACCAGACUCCCACCAGGCUGGCCCCCAGGGGCAGGGCUCGUCCCCUGGGUAUUCCUAGCCCAACAGCCCCCAGUUUCCCUGGGACUCUUGGAUCCCCAUGGAUCAAAACCAGUAGAACUUGCUGCUCCAGGCCUGUGCUGCCUCCUAUUGUCAGCAAGAAACAGCAGGGUCUGUACAGAGAGCCAGGAGAAGUGUGGGAGCAGCGCGUGCAAUGUCCUGACCUAAUGUUGUGUCUGCAGACCUCUUACACACACCUGGAGGAGGCCCAGAAUCAGCUACAGCAAAAAGAGACCGGUGCACUGUCCUGCUCGAGGAGGCCGCUGCCAUCAGGAGGCACGAUUGCCAAAGAGGGAGGAACAGGAGGUAUGCUCCACCGUGGGAGCCACAGCAGCAGUUCCUUCACUCAGCCAGCCUACACCAGCAAGAGCUUCAGAAGAAAGAACAAAUAUAAGAAUAAAUGCAAGAUUGAAAUACGGCAUAAAGGUGCAGGUCUGGAGCUCAGUCAUGAAGCCACCUCAGACACCAGCUUCCACGCGCAUGCAUAG